UUUUUUUCACGUUUACACAGGGAGGCUGAGCAAGCAGCAGAGCUUCGCUAGCUUCUCCUAAUUAAAAAAAAAGGCGUUGUUAGAACAACCUUUAAACUAUUUUAAUAUUUUAAACGCUUAUCUUCCUUGGGAAGAGGCAGACUGUAUCGGCUGUGUAUUAAUGGAGGUACUUUCGAAAAAACCCGCAGCAGAGUCCACUCGAGAAAAGGCAUCACUUCCAGCUAAAGGGUCAAGUAGGAUAGUGUCUGACACUUUGUCCCUUCCAUCAUAUAAAGCCUACCCUGCUUCUAGACCCCUAAUCAACACUCUUGUGCAUCACACGCCCCAAAUACGCUCUGAGUUCUCAUAUCAUCCACCUUUACCCACCAAAGCCUUUCCAGAGAGUAGAAGUGAAGCAAUCUUAUCCGCCUUGAGGAAUCUUCAAGAGAAGAUUAGGAGGCUGGAGCUUGAGAAAGAGCAAGUACACCUCAGCCUCAGCACUUUAGGGAAGGAUGAGCGGCGAAGAGAUCAGCAGAGUAACCGUACUGCACACAGACUCCUAAAUGACAAGGACACAGAACCGAAAGCAAGGGACCAAUUGAACUGCAACCAAGUCUUGAUAACCCACCUUGCUGCUGCAGAGGCUCGUUGUGAGAAGCUGGAGAGACAAUUGGAGCAGAUGAGGAGGAUGUUGCGCAGCACCAGGACAGAAAAGAGGAGUCUGCUUAAUCAGCAGACUUUUAUGGAGAGAGUCGGUGCAAGUAGUCAGCAGCCUGAUGAAGAGUUGGAGCAUGCACAAAUGGAAAAGCUGGAAAAACUUGAGCAGGAAUAUCUCAGACUGACCAGCACACAGAAAAAUGCAGAGAUGAAGAUCUGUGAGUUGGAGAGAAAGCUGUUAGAGGAGGAACAUCAAAGGAGGCUCAUUCAGGAUAAGGCCAACCAGCUACAGACAGGUUUGGAGGCCAACAGGAUCCUGUUGCAGUCAGUUUCCCCACAUCAGUCUGUCAGACAAUCCAAAGAGAAGAAGUCCAGCUCAAAGAGGUCUUCUAGAAAAUACACAGAGCCUCACUAUCGACUGAGCCUAAAAGAUGUACCAUUUGUUACUGGAACGUCAGUGGACAGCAGCCACUCUGUCAGAGCCAACGUUCAGGCAGUAUUGUCCCUCCUGAAACGACAUCAGCCUCAUCUCUGCAACAGACAUGUCCUGUCUCUCAAUGCAAAUCGCUCUGAAACAAGCAUCCAUUCAGAAAGUUCAUCUACCUCAUCUUCCACUGGUGGAGAGGAGCUAUCUGAGCUGCUACAAGCCCUACAGGAGGAGCUGCGCUUCAUGAGUUUGCAGCAGGCUGAGUUGAUGAGGCAGGCGGAGGAGAGCAUCUCUGAAGAGGAAAGAAAAAAGCUUCAAAGGGAGCAGGAGAGGCUUUUGUUGAGAAUGGAGAGGAAAGGAGAGCAGAUCAGUAAGCUCUGUAACUGUAAAUCACAGAUUACAAAGUUAAGAAAGGAGGUUAAAUCUAGAAAGAGCAGUCGAACAGAAGAAAGACCUGUCACCAGGGGGCGCCCUGCAACAUCAACUAAAGCUCAGCCAGGAGAGAGAAGCAAGAAAAACCUGAGGCUGCUAAAGGACAUGAAAGCUCUGCAGGCCUCUUUACGGACCUAAAUCUCACCUCUUACCCUACCUCAUAAUGCUGCUUUAUUAUUAAACAGUGCACACACA